GCGUAUAUGGAUGAUGGAGAAAGAGAAAGUGGAACAGAGUUUACCUUAAAGCAAUUAUAAUAAGACAACGGAGGAAAAAAGGAAGAAGGGUUUGGCUUAAAAUACUCAAAAAGAUUUCUGUUUUAUUUGAUUCAAUUGAAUUGAAAAUUUGUUUUUUAUUUUCUUCUUCCUUCCCUCUGUUUUGGGCUAUCGCCAUCAUUGGCCAUUUCUACAGCUUUCUUCACUUUCUGUAAUCUCCUUCUUCUUCUCUUGCUUCCGCCCAAUCAAUUUCUUUCGCUAAUCUCAUCUGGGUUUUUGAGAAAAAUUAAAAGGGGGCUCGGAAAACAUUGUACCCACAUCGAAAAUUUCUCGAUUUCUCUUUUUCUGUAAGAUCUCAACCCCUUUUUUCUUCUCUCCUUCACCAUGACCGUGGAGGAUCAUUCUGUUGUUGCAGUUGGUGAUGAUGGCGCCACUGAUCAUUUUCCUGUUGGGAUGCGAGUUCUUGCUGUUGACGACGACCCUAUUUGUCUCAAAGUACUUGAGUCUCUCCUCCGUAAAUGCCAAUAUCAUGUUACGACGACGAAGCAGUCCAUUGAAGCUUUGAAGAUGUUGAGAGAAAAUAGAAACAAGUUUGAUAUGGUUAUCAGUGAUGUGAACAUGCCUGAUAUGGAUGGUUUCAAGCUUCUUGAGUUGGUGGGGCUUGAAAUGGACCUACCUGUAAUCAUGUUAUCAGCACAUAGUGAUACUGAGCUUGUUAUGAAGGGGAUUGCGCACGGUGCAUGUGACUAUCUGUUAAAACCAGUUCGAAUCGAGGAGUUGAAAAACAUUUGGCAGCAUGUGAUUCGGAGAAAAAAGCUUGAACCGAAGGCAAAAAACAAGUUCCCUAGUCAAGAUAAGGUUCGAAAUGGAGGCCAUGAAGGUGACCAAGGUUUCUCACCAACUAGUAAUGCAGACAACGCAAAAUUCAAUAGGAAGCGGAAGGACCAAGAUGAUGAUGAAGAUGAAGAAGGAAAAGAGAAUGGGCUUGAUAAUGAUGACCCCUCGAACCAGAAAAAGCCUAGGGUAGUGUGGUCAGUUGAGUUACAUCGUAAGUUCGUUUCAGCGGUUAAUCAAUUGGGUCUCGAAAAGGCUGUGCCCAAAAAAAUCCUGGAUCUGAUGAAUGUUGAAGGACUUACCAGAGAAAAUGUGGCAAGUCAUUUGCAGAAAUAUAGGCUUUAUCUGAAAAGAAUCAGCAAUGUGGCAUCCCAACAAGCUAACAUGGUUGCUACAUUUGGGAGUAAAGAUGGCACUUACAUGCGCCUCGGUUCACUAGAUGGAUAUGGAGAGUUACAUGGCUUUGCAGGAUCUGGGCGGCUUCCAAACUCUUCAUUAUCCUCUUAUUCACCUGUUGGAAUGCUUGGAAGAUUGAACUCCCCGGCUGGAAUGAGCCUGCGUGGAAUCACUUCUUCUGGACUGAUACAGCAAAGCUCCCAAAAUUUGAACUGCGCCAUUAAUAGCCUUGGCAAGCUCCAACCAACUACUAUGCUGCCUCCUAAUCAAACUACUAAUAUGCUUCAAGGAAUUCCAACGUCACUUGAGAUCAGCCAGUUGCAACACAGCAAGUCCAUCACUCCCAUUGGGGACUUCAAUUCAAUGAAUGAGACUUCCGCAUUUGGAGUUCCCAGCAGUUUUUCUGAAACUAGAGCGAAUAUUGGAAAUUCAACCUAUUCGGUUUCUCCUGGCCCAUUGAUGUUACAAGGAACAAUGGCAACAUAUGGAAAUCAGACUUCCCUUAGAGUGGAUCCGCUAAAUGGAGAAACUUUUGACAUAGACAUAGGCGGUUCAAAUUUUUUGGAUCCUGAACCUUCUAAUGGAAACUGGCAGGGAGCAGCACAUUUGUCUAGAUUCUCAGCAACUUCGUUGACCCCCAAUGAAGCUUAUCCCAAUGAUCAAUUGCAUGCAAUGAACACGAGCAUUUCUUCUGCCCCCUCAACGAUUGGGAACAUCUCGGUUGAUUUUUCCUCUAGAAGUGCAGGUUCAGCUCCCUUACUGGAUUCAAGAGACAUGCAAUGCCAGGCAAGGGUAGUUGGCAGCGUUAUUCAAGCUAUGAAUACCAUGCCAAAGCAGAGAUGGGAAGAACAUAAACAUGAUUACAAUCGAAACGUGCAGCAUAAUCUUGGUGCAAUCAAUUCUCUUGUUUCUAACAAUGGGACUCUAACCCCAUUAAGCCAGAGUUUCAAUCAGAAUAGUCUAGUAUGUGAUGGAAAGGUCAGUUCAUCUUUGAUAGUCCCAUCAAAUGCUGCUCCACUGUCCUUCCCUGAACAUAGUAUGGUUGAAAAAUUGGGUCGGAACACAAAGAUGAAUGUGGAUGGAAACUACCUUUUGAAUCAAACAAAGUCACCGGAUGGAUCAAUUCAAGGCAGUUUCGAGUCCUUGGAUCAUAUCAUGAAUUCGAUGAUCAAACAGGAUUCUGCAAAAUGAUUCAGGAACAAAAUGAAAUACCAGAAAUGAAUGGAGAAUUUGGAUUUGAUCAUUUCUCUUUAGGAUCAUGUAUUUGAGAUCUCUACCUGCUGACUGUUGGAUGGAAACAAAGGCAUUAACAGCAAUUCAGUGAUCCAAAGCAGUUCGUGUAUGUACCAUCAUGUAAUUCUUUGUCGGUUUGGUUUCUUUCUACAAGGCUCCAUCUUUGUCUGUUCAUCCAUUUACUGAUGCAAAACAUCUGGUUUCGAGGUUGUUAUAACGUAACAGCAGACAAUGCCCCUCCUUUUCCUUGUUCAUAAAAUAAUGACAGGACAACUUCAGUUUUCUCUUAACCUUUUUUCUUGUCCUUUGAGAAAGAAAGUUGCUUGAAAUGUAACAUGAGAAGCCUACUGUUUGAUUAAUUAAUACAGAUUUCCAAUGCUUCAUUCA